AUGCCCUUCUUGGACGCAUGUAUGCUCAUCCCUCCCUAUCAGAAAUUUCUCAAGGACGCUGUAACCGAGAGAAGAAAAGAGGUUCAGGGUAUGGUCGUUCUUUCUCAGGAAUGUAGCGCAAUCAUCACUAGGAAAGUGGUUGGGAAGAAGUUUGAGGAUCCAGGCAGUUUCACUCUUCCUUGUUCUAUUGGUCCUCUGGCAUUCAACCGAAGCUUAUGUGAUCUUGGAGCAGGCGUAUCUGUAAUGCCACUCACAGUAGCUAAAAGGCUUGGGUUCGAGAAGUAUCAAAAGUGCGACGUUUCCUUGGUACUUGCGGAUAGAUCAGUACGCAUCCCAGUGGGUAUGCUCGAGGACUUGCCUGUGCGAGUAGGAAACGUGGAGAUACCCACUGACUUUGUUAUCCUUGAGAUGGAUGAAGAACCCAAGGAUCCGCUGAUCUUGGGAAGGCCCUUUUUGGCAACCGCUGGAGCUAUCAUCGAUGUUCAGAGAGGGAAGAUUGAGCUAAACUUUGGAGAUGACUUCAAGCUCAGCUUCGACAUCAAGAGAUCGAUGAAGAAACCAACCAUUGAUGGACAGCUCUUCUGGGUAGAGACUUUGGAUCAGUUGGCAGACGAGUAUCUAGAGGAGUUAGCCACAGAGGACCAGCUUCAGCUAACCUUGACUGAGAAAGCAGAGGAAAAGAGCUACUUCAACACCGAAUCCUUGGAGUAUGCUCGACUCUUAGACUCCCACAGAGGGACUGUUCCCAAUGACGUGGUUGAGGAAAUCAUAGGACGCUCCGUGAGAGUUGAGGAAAUCCACAAGGUAGAGGCAGAGCACGACCUCGAGCAACCUUCAGACGAUGACUGGAGCGAGCUCAAAGCCCCAAAGGUGGACCUCAAGACCUUACCAGAUGGGCUAAGGUACGCAUUUCUUGGACCAAAUUCAACUUAUCCCGUAAUUGUGAACCAAGAACUUACCCCACCCCAAUUAACCUCCCUCCUUAAUGAGUUGAGGAAGUUCAGGAGAGCAAUUGGUUACUCUUUAGAGGACAUCAAAGGCAUAUCUCCUGAGCUUUGUACUCAUCGCAUUCACCUUGAUAACGAAUCUAAGGGAUCUAUUGAACACCAAAGACGCUUAAAUCCCAACCUCAAAGAGGUGGUGAAAAAGGAAAUCCUUAAGUUGCUUGACGCCGGCGUGAUCUACCCUAUCUCGGAUAGUACUUGGGUCUCGCCGGUACACUGUGUGCCCAAGAAAGGUGGAAUCACAGUAGUCAAGAACGAAAAAGACGAAAUGAUCCCAACCAGAACCAUAACCGGUCACCGAAUGUGCAUAGAUUACCGAAAGCUCAAUGCGGCGACUAGGAAGGAUCAUUUUCCACUGCCUUUCAUCGAUCAGAUGCUUGAGCGGUUGGCAAACCAUCCUUUCUAUUGCUUCCUUGAUGGCUAUUCGGGAUUCUUUCAAAUCCCCAUCCACCCUAAUGACCAAGAGAAAACACCUUCACAUGUCCCUAUGGAACUUUUGCCUAUAAACGUAUGCCCUUUGGAUUGUGUAACGCUCCGGCGACUUUCCAAAGGUGCAUGA